AUGGCGCAUGCUCCAUUCUCUAAGACGAUGACUUUAGACGACACAUUGUACCUGUUCCACCACAUAUUUCUCCCACCAAAGCUUCCCCAGGCAAAAGAUUACAAUGCGCAACAUGAACAUCUUUUGCUCGACAGUGUCGUUGAUGCGCUACGGAGCUUCACUGAUUACGUUCCGACCGCAGAUACUACGAUCCUGCGUAAGGCUACUGAGAUGAUAGCUCGCCUAAGAAAAGCGCAUGGCCAUCGCGGCGAUGUUGAUGAAAAGCAGCUCAUGAGGGUUCUGACAGAGCUACCCAUUUGUGGCGGAUUCCUCCCCAUUUACGUUCGGGAGCAAAACGCAGGCAUCUUCUUGUAA